GAGGAGAAAUCCUGGUGCGGUGCCGGCUGCCGAGGAUAUUUUUCCCCGUCCAUUCCCACCUCGUCGUCGACUCCUCGUGAGCUCGCCCGCCGCCUGCGCGUCCCCAUCCAUCCCGGCGAGCGAGCAGGUGCGCCGUCGUUCGUCCAGCUGCUGCUUCGGCCGCAUCCAUCCUGCUCUUUUCAGGAGAAGUGUUAAUCUGACGAACACGUGGGGGCUUGAGCCGCAAUGAAGGAGGGUUCCCAGGUGAGCUUGUUUGUUGCGCUGUGUUUCUUUUUGUUUGGAGUGCUGAUGUCGUAGUACCUCGUACUGUAAGAAUCUUUCUUGAAAAAAAAAUAAAUUCGAUGCACUGUCUUUUGUUUAAAGUGCUGAUGUCAGUCACACUGUGAGAGAACCUUUCAUAUAAAUUAAUUCGGAAAUAGAUAGCUUGCCAACUCGGAAGAUUGGAUUUUACUUCUUAGAAUCUAUAUGCAAUGUACUUAGAUGACUUUUGGAGUGUAAAAUGCUAGAAGAUUUACCAUCCAGGCUAAUAUGGUAAUUUAAUUUUUAUGCAACUCUUAGACAAGAGCAAUAUAUUUUUUCCAGUCUCUUUUUUUUUUGAGAAUUUGUUUGUACUGAACUGUAAAAUGAAAAUCAUGUCCCUUGUAAUCUUCUCCCCCUUCGACUUUGAGGAACAACAAGUCGGAGCUUGCCAACUAUUGGCUCCAAGAACAGUGUUGGCCAUGCAACUGAUUUCUAAUCAGUUUUGAACAUGAUGAAUCUACCGCAAUGAUCGAUUUGGCAAAGAUAGCCUCCAGGAACAACAAGUCGGAGCUUGCCAACUAUUGGCUCCAAGAACAGUGUUGGCCAUGCAACUGAUUUCUAAUCAGUUUUGAACAUGAUGAAUCUACCGCAAUGAUCGAUUUGGCAAAGAUAGCCUCCAGUAGCCUAGUGCCAUGCACUGUGAGGUCCCCAGUGUGAAAUGUAGCAGCUGCACAAUUCUAGUAAGGAGAACUUGGAUGGUGUAGUUGAUGGACUUCAAUGAAGACUGGAGAGGUGUAAGAAUGUCUAUGAAAGGCAAAAUAAAGAACAUCUCUAGUAACCGGCCUGUUAACUCUGUAUUAGUCAGUAGAGUCACUUGGUAAAUAUAAGAGCAACCGUUCAAGAUACCAAGUGCUCAUGAGGAUGUUGAGAGCAAGGCAAAGGUGCAUCCAUUGGUGCAAGGUGAUGAUGAAAUCAAGGGUGAACAGCCAAAUACUGAUGCACCUUUAGGGGAUUCUGAUUCCUUAUCCGCUGCAAGUAAUGAUAAUAAAAGGGUUUCUCGUGAAGAUAUUGAACUUGUCCAGAAUUUAAUAGAACGCUGUCUACAGCUAUAUAUGAAUAGAGGAGAAGUUGUUAGGACUCUUUCUACUCGUGCAAGAAUUGAACCUGGUUUCACUACUUUAGUAUGGCAGAAACUCGAAGAAGAAAAUUCUGAGUUCUUUCGGGCUUACUACAUAAGGUUGAAAUUGAAAAAACAGAUUAACUUGUUUAACCACUUAUUGGAGCACCAAUACCAUCUUAUGAAGUACCCAGUACCACAGCAGGUUCCGUUGACCCCAACACAGAACGGUAUUCGUCCUAUGCCUGUUAACAAUUUGCCUAUGGGAUAUCCAGUACUCCAACAACCUGGAAUACCUGCUCCUGUUCAGCCUCAUGUUAAUUCGAUAUCUUGUGGUCCACCUGGUUGCCAUGUGGUAAAUGGAAUUCCUGCACCAGGUGGUUAUAAUCCGAUUCGCAUGAGCUCAGGAAAUGGCAUGACAGAGAAUGAAGUUCCUGGAACUGCACAUGCUGGAGCCAUGUCAUCAGAGAUGGCUGUGAGUCCAUCAUCUGCAAUGUCAAGCAAUCAUGUUUCUUUCACUCCUGAUAUAUCAGGGAUGGAUGUGGAUGCAUCUACUGUAAAUGCCACCUUUGGAGAUGAUUUAGGGAAUGGAGGACCUCUGCAAAUAGGACCAAAUGGUGGUGAUAGCUCUUCCUUGGGGCAGCAGAUCUGGGAUUUCAGUCUUUCUGAUUUAUCAGCAGAUUUGACAAAUCUGGGAGACCUGGCAGCCCUUGAAAACUAUUCAGGCAACCCAUUCCUGCCUUCAGACUCUGAUAUUUUUGAAUCCCCGGAUGAUGACAUAGUUGAGUAUUUUGCUGAUGCCAUCAAUGGGCCUUCUCAGUCAGACGAAGAGAAAUAGUCGUAGAUUCAAAGACAAGAGUCUCGAGAAACUCAGGUCAGGCUGCUACUUGUAAUGUUCUUCGCAAUGAUGUAUGCAAUCUAAACUUAUUUGUUGGCUUUCUUAUUUAAACUGCCUUCUUUAGGCAGUAAGCAGCCUUCCAUCAAGUAGAACUAAAAUUUUGUGCUGACUAAUCUUAUUUUUUAUAAUAAACACUUGAGGUGACUUUUAUCUGUUCCAAGUAGCAAAAUUGUGAAAGCUAUACUACUCUACUUAUUACCUGGACAUGUUUUUUGGUGGCUUGGCAUCUUCAAAGCUAAUAUAAGGGAAAUUAUAUUGAUGUUGUA